AUGAAUAAAAUCUAAUUUUCUACAGAUUAUAUAAACAGAAUAAAUGAAUUAGAAGUUAUGAUUAAGAAUUUUGAAGUUUAAGAUGAUGGAUUAAAGAAGGAAAUCUAAAGAUUAAAAUAGGUAUUAUUUGAAUCUAAAGAAAGCUUUACUUUAUUAUAAAAAAAAAAAUAAUAGAAUAAGAAUAGCUAUAAUGAAGAAGUUAAGUAAUUGAAAAAAAUAAAUAUACUGAUAUGAAAUUGAUAAAAAGAAAUAUAAAAACAUUUCAGUUAUAAAGAUAAAGAUAUAAUAAAAUUAAGAAAUAUUUUAAAUGAAAAAGAAAAUUGGAUAGAUUAAUUGAAUUAUUAAAUCUAAGAAUUAUAAAUAAUUUAAGAAAAAUAUUCAAGAGUUGAAACAACUGUUAUGUCUUUAUAAGGAGAAGUUGAUGUUUGGAGAUAGAAAUGUAAAGAAAAAAAUGAGGAGGCCUCAGAACUGAGUUAAAAGUUAAUAAUGGCAGAAAUAUCACUUUAAAAUUUAAAAAAUAGAUAGAUUACUUAAAUCAAGGAUGUUAAUAUUACAAAAAAUAAUAAUAAUAAUUAUUAUUAUUAUUAUAAUAGGAUCAAAUCAGUUGAUACUAAAAAAAGAUUAAAUAGAGGAUCUCAUUAAUCUUAAAGAUAAUAAGUAUGA